AUGUCCGACGAGGAUACAUCACUGCAGGAGCGCCUGCGCGAGCAUGCCCGGGCCUUUGAUGGCCUUCUUUCGCUGAUCCCCGCUAAGGUGUACUAUGGCGACUCGAACAAUGAUAAUCAGUGGAAGAAGAAGAAACAGACCAAGGAUGAGGCCAAGGCAGCCAAAAGGGGAAAGCUGGACCCAGACAGUGAGCUCAACCGCAGUGCUAAGGAUGUGAUGGAUGAGCGCGCCCGCAAUAAACGCAAGCUGCAGGAACUCGAGGCCGAUGAAGCGUCCGCCAGUUCCGAUCAGGACGACGAUAGCAGCGAUAUCUCCAUUCCCGGAAUCAUCAAAGAGAAGCCUGGUGAAGGCUUGAAGAAGAAGAAGCCUAAGCUGGCCGAGGAUGCUGAGGAAGAGGAGGAACCUGAGAAACCCGCUGCCGACAAUACUACUAAAGAGGAGCAUGAAGCUCCCAAACAGCCGCUCAGCAAGAAGCAGCAGGCUAAGGAGGAGAAGAAGGCACUGAAGAAGCAGCGCAAAGAGGAAGCUAAGAAGCAGAAGGAAGAGGAGGCCAAGGCCACCACCCCCAGUACUACCGACAAGGCUGAAAAACCGAAGCAGGAUACGGUCGAGAAGACCCUGAAGAAGGAACAGAAGAAGAAGCCUAGGCCUGCCGAGGAUGAAGCCGAGAGCGACAGCGAGGGCGAGGAGCCCACAGGCAAACAGCCCGUCAAGUCGGUCGAGGCAGCCGAGAGCGAUAGCGAGGACGAUAUGGCACCCAUCGAUGUUUCCGGCCUUGACUACAAAGACGAAUCAGCCGACUCUUCCCAAGAAUCUGCCACUAAUUCAGUGUUUGAUGGCAAGAUCACCUCUACUGAACCCGCUAGCACUACGACCUCGAUGUCCUCUGCUGUUCCCCCCUCCGAGAAGCCCAAGUACCUGAAGAUCCCCGCUGAUACUUCUGCCCUGCGUGCUCGCCUCGAGGCGAAGCUCGCCGCUCUGCGCGCAGCCCGCAAGGCUGACGAUCCUGAAGGCAAGCCGAUCCGCACCAGGCAAGAGCUGAUUGAAGCUCGCCGGCAAAAGCAGGCCGAGCGCAAGGCGCGUAAGAAGGAACUGCGCCGACUCGCCAAAGAGCAGGAGGAGCGCAAGCGUGAGGAGGCCCUGGCCAGCGCUCGCAACUCUCCAGGUCUCAGCCCGCUCCUGGGUAAGGAGGAGAUCGACCCCGGUGAGACCCAUUUCGCCUUCGGCCGGGUAAACUUCAACGACGGCACCCAACUGUCUCAUGACCUCACCUACGCCAAGAGUGCCGACAGCGAGAAGAAGAAGAAAGGCCCGUCGGAUCCUAAGUCGGCUCUGAUGCAGCUCGAGGCGAAGAAGAAGCGCCUGGAGGCUCUGCCGGAAGAGAAGCGCAAGGAGAUCGAGGAGAAGGAGCAGUGGCUGGCAGCGCGCCGCCGUGCCGAGGGUAUCAAAGUGCACGACGACGAGUCGCUGCUCAAGAAAGCGCUCAAGCGCAAGGAGGCUCGUAAGAAGAAGUCUGAGCGGGAGUGGAAGGAACGUAUUAAGGCCGUGGAGCAGUCCAAGCAGGAGCGCCAGCGCAAGCGCGAGGAGAACAUCCGCAAGCGCCGCGAGGAGAAGCUCGCCCGUAAGGCGGGCAAGGGCAAGCUUAAGGGCGUUCAGACAAAGAAGAAGAACCGGCCUGGCUUUGAGGGCGGGUUUGGUGGCGGGAAGAAAUGA